CCCGGCGCACGCUAGACACUCUCGACAGAAGUUCCAGCUAGGGCUUAAUAGCGCGAACAUCAUGGUUUUAAAACCCGUCUACUCCCAGAAUUGCAGACGCUUCGCGCCAUUUCUCUAUCAUUCCCACUCCUAGGGUUAAUUAUUCGGAACUGCAGAGAAGAAAAGACAAGGGAAAGAGAGAUGGUUUCUCCAAAGAUCCUUCUAUCCACCAUCGAAUCAGCACUACUGGGACCUACUCCUCCAACCCCUCGUCAGAGGAUCGAGCUCAUGCACGCCGUUCGAUCAUCUCUCCCGUCACUGCGCAACCUCCUUUCAUAUCCCGGUCCGAAGGCAUCGGAUCGGUCUCAAGUCCAGUCGAAAGAGGUCAGGCUUCCUGAUUCGUCCCCAAUAUCACUCGACGACCUGGAUGUUCAGAUUGCCCUAAAAUUGAGUGACGAUCUCAAUCUCAAUGAAGUUGACUGUGUUGGCCUUCUUGUUUAUGCUAAUCAGGAGUGGGGUUUAUCGGGGCGAGAACCACUGGAGAUUUUGCGUCUUGCAGCAGGGCUAUGGUAUACAGAGAGAAGAGAUCUGAUAACUGCUCUCUACACUCUUUUACGGGCUGUUGUUCUUGACCAAGGACUUGAAGCUGAUCUUGUCGCUGACAUUCAGAAGCAUUUGGAAGAUCUAUUUAGUUCUGGUCUCAGGCAACGGCUGAUUACACUUAUUAAGGAACUAAAUCGGGAAGAACCUGCUGGUUUGGGAGGGCCCCAUGCUGAGCGCUAUGUUCUUGAUUCAAGAGGUGCUCUCGUGGAACGGCGAGCAGUGGUUUGUAGGGAAAGGCUCAGCCUUGGUCAUUGCCUUGUGCUCUCUGUCCUCGUCAUGCGAAUGAGUUCGAAAGAUGUGAAAGAUGUCUUCUCUGUAUUAAAAGAUUGUGCUGCUGAAGUUAAUGAUACUGUGGACAUUCUAAAACUUCAGAUUGCAUUCAGUCUUCUGUUUUCUCUCGUGAUUGCAUUCAUGUCAGAUGCUUUAAGUACAGUUCCUGAUCAAGCCUCUGUCCUGUCCCAUGAUUUUUCUUUCAGACGCGAAUUCCAGGAACUUGUGAUGGCUACUGGAAACGAUCCAACCAUUGAGGGGUGUGUUAAUGCUGUAAGACUUUCAUGGACAGUACAUUUGAUGCUAACACAAGAUGCAGCUACAGUGAGGGAGACUGUUUCAGGUGCUGCAUCCAGUGACCUGGCAAAUAUAUAUUCUUGCCUGGAACUUGUUUCCUCAAGCAAUGCUUUCCAGUUUUUACUGGAUAAAGUCCUCCGAACUGCAGCAUACCAGAACGAUGAUGAGGAUAUGAUCUACAUGUAUAAUGCGUAUCUGCACAAGUUGAUGACAUGUUUCCUUUCUCAUCCGCUUGCUAGAGACAAGGUGAAAGAAAUGAAGGAGAAGGCCAUGAGUGCUCUUAGUCCAUAUCACACGGGCGGAUCACAUGACAAUGAUGUGAAUUCACAGGAGAUCAUCCAAACAAAGUCUCAGCCAUUUGUCUCUCUUUUGGAAUUAGUUAGCGAAAUCUAUCAGAAGGAACCAGAGCUUCUAUCUGGAAAUGAGGUUUUGUGGACCUUCAUAAACUUUGCUGGAGAGGAUCAUACCAAUUUUCAGACUCUCGUCGCUUUCUUGAGAAUGCUGAGUACCUUGGCUUCUAGUGAGGAAGGUGCUUCAAAAGUUUUCGAGUUACUUCAGGGGAAAGCAUUCCGUUCAGUUGGAUGGAAUACACUGUUUGACUGUUUGUCUAUUUAUGACCAGAAGUUCAAACAGUCCCUCCAAAGUACUGGAACCAUGUUGCAUGAAUUUCAGGAGGGUGAUGCAAAAGCUCUUGUUGCAUAUCUAAGUGUUCUACAGAAGGUCAUGGAAAAUGGAAAUCCUACUGAACGAAAGAAAUGGUUUCCAGAUAUUGAACCCUUAUUUAAGCUUCUUAGUUAUGAAAAUGUGCCUCCUUAUUUGAAGGGAGCUUUGCGGAAUACGAUUGCCACUUUCAUACAAGUCUCUCCUGUAUUAAAGGAUACUAUUUGGAGUUACCUUGAGCAAUAUGAUCUGCCAGUAGUUGUUGGGCCUCCACUAGGGAACAAUGCUCAACAGAUGGCUACUCCGGUUUAUGAUAUGAGGUUUGAGUUGAAUGAAGUAGAAGCAAGGAAUGAAACAUACCCAUCCACAAUAUCUUUCCUUAACUUGUUAAAUGCUCUUAUUGCAGAAGAAAGGGAUGUAAGCGAUAGAGGUCGUAGGUUUGUGGGCAUCUUUAGGUUUGUCUAUGAUCAUGUAUUUGGGCCUUUUCCUCAGAGAGCCUAUGCAGAUCCUAGCGAGAAAUGGCAGCUGGUUGUUGCUUGCCUUCAGCACUUCCGAAUGAUUCUGAGCAUGUAUGAUAUUAAGGAUGAGGAUAUUGAUAGUGUUUUUAAUCAUUCACAGCCUUCAACUGUGGCGCACACUUCUCCACUUGAAAUGCAGCUUCCUAUAUUAGAGCUGCUGAAGGAUUUCAUGAGCGGUAAAACUGUUUUUCGUAAUAUAAUGGGCAUUCUUUUGCCAGGGGUGAAUGCCUUGAUCCAUGAUCGGACUAGUCAAAUCUAUGGCCAACUUUUAGAGAAGGCUGUACAUCUUUCAUUGGAAAUUAUAAUUCUUAUCUUGGAGAAGGAUUUGUUCGUUGCUGACUUCUGGCGUCCUUUAUACCAGCCUUUGGAUGUUAUACUAUCUCAAGAUCAUAACCAGAUAAUGGCUUUACUGGAGUAUGUACGAUAUAAUUUUCUACCUCAAAUCCAGCAAUGCUCUAUCAAACUCAUGAGUAUUCUAAGUUCACGUAUGGUAGGGCUCGUACAGUUAUUGCUGAAAUCGAAUGCAGCAAGCUCUUUGAUUGAGGAUUAUGCUGCUUGCCUUGAGUUGCGCUCAGAAGAGUGUCAGGUCAUAGAGAACACCAGAGAUGAUGCUGGUAUUCUUAUUCUACAGCUGCUUAUUAAUAAUAUUAAUCGGCCAGCCCCAAAUGUUGCACAUUUGCUUCUCAAGUUUGACAUGGAUACUCCUGUGGAGCGGACAGUGCUACAGCCAAAAUAUCAUUACAGUUGCUUGAAGGUUAUUCUUGAUAUUUUGGAAAAACUUUCAAAGCCAGAUGUAAACGCUUUGCUACAUGAGUUCAGUUUUCAGCUCCUUUAUGAAUUAUGCUUGGAUCCACUGACAUGUGUUCCCACAAUGGAUCUGCUUAGUGCUAGAAAGUAUCAGUUCUUCUCAAUGCAUUUGGAUACAAUCGGUGUUGCGCCACUUCCUAAAAGAAACAACAAUCAGGCGCUUCGCAUUAGUUCUCUGCACCAGAGAGCUUGGUUGUUAAAGCUUUUGGCAUUGGAGUUGCAUGCUGGUGAUGUGGAUGCACCCAUGCACCGUGAAGCAUGCCUGAGCAUUCUUGCUCAGAUUUUUGUUGACGAUGUUAGAGAAAUUUCAAAUGAGCCAGACAUAUCCUCCACCUUCCAAACUGACCAAACUGCAAACAGAACUAUCAGUAAGAGUAAGGUUCUAGAGCUACUUGACGUUCUCCAGUUCAGAUCUCCUGACACCACUAUGAAAUAUUCCCAAUUAAUUUCUAAUUCAAAAUAUGACAUGCGGGUAGAUGAUAUACUUGCAAAUCCUUCAACCUCUGAAAAUGGUGGUGUCUAUUAUAUCUCAGAACGAGGUGAUCGUCUGAUCGACCUUGGUUCGUUCCGGGAUAAGCUAUGGCAGAUGUGCAAUUUCCGUAACCCACAAUUGAGCUCCCUUAGCAGUGAAGGUGAACUGGUUGAUUUGAGAGAAUCGAUCCAGCAGUUGUUAAGAUGUGCUUGGAGAUACAAUAAGAACCUUGAGGAGCAAGCUGCCCAACUUCACAUGUUAACUGGCUGGUCUCAGAUUGUAGAGGUUUCCAUAUCUAGAAGAAUGUCAUUUCUGGAAAAUCAUUCCCAAAUUUUAUUUGAGCUCCUGGAUGCCUCUUUGAGUGCUUCAGCUUCUCCAGAUUGUUCUUUAAAAAUGGCCGUAAUUUUGACUCAGGUUGCACUUACAUCCAUGGCCAAGCUACGAGAUGAGAGAUUCUUUUGUCCUGGAGGUGUAAAUUCUGACAAUGUCACAUGCCUCGAUAUUAUUUCGGUGAAACAACUGUCAAAUGGAGCCUGCAAUUCUAUAUUAUUUAAGCUUGUCAUGGCAAUUCUCCGACAUGAAUCGUCAGAAGUUCUGAGGAGACGCCAAUACGCAUUACUUCUUAGCUACUUUCAGUAUUGUCGGAGUAUGCUUGAUCCAGAUGUUCCGGAAUCAGUGUUGCAAUACUUGCUGCGGGAAGAACAAGAUGAAGAGGAUGACUUGGAUCUCCUGAAGAUUGAUAAAGAACAGGCUGAGCUAGCCCAUGCCAAUUUUUCUAUACUAAGGAAAGAGGCACAAGCUAUUCUUGAUUUGGUGACGAAGGAUGCAAUUCAAGGUAGUGAAGCUGGAAAAUCCAUAUCACUUUAUGUUUUGGAUGCAUUUGUUAGCAUUGAUCAAGAGAGGUUCUUCUUAAGCCAACUUCAAAGUAGGGGAUUUUUAAGAUCGUGCUUUACAAACAUCAGCAAUGUCUCCCAUCAGGAUGGUUGGCAUUCAUUGAAUUCUUUGCAGCGUCUUUAUACCCUUGAGGCUGAGCUUGCCUUGUUAUUGAGAAUUAGUCAUUGCUAUGGGAAGCUUGGCGCCCAGGUUCUGUUUUCUAUGGGCGCCUUAGAACAUCUUGCUUCAUGGAGGAUGGGAAGUUUCAGACGAUCUGAUGCUAAGGUUGGCAAAGAUGUUGCUGUUGAGAUUGAUAAGCAACGACUGAUCAAUCCUCCAAUUUUGAGAUUGGUUUGUUGCUUAACAUCAUUGGUGGAUAGUUCAGAUUUCUUAGAGGUGAAGAAUAAAAUUGUUCGCGAGAUUAUAGAUUUUGUCAAGGGGCAUCAGUCAUUCUUUGAUCAAGUUCUUAGGGAGGAUGUUUCUGAAGGAGAUGAAUUGUCUCUAGAACAGAUUAAUCUGGUUGUUGCCAUAUUAAGCAAGGUUUGGCCAUAUGAAGAGAAUGAUGAAUAUGGUUUUAUUCAAGGGCUUUUUGGUAUGAUGCGUUCCCUUUUCCCCCUUGAUGGAGAAACUUUUAAUCUUGCACAAUCUCUUGAGAAUCAAAAGAAGUCAGAGUUGAUUUUGUUCCGGCUGUGCUUUAGUCUGAGCUCUUACCUCUACUUCCUGGUCACAAAAAAAUUCUUGAGAUUGCAGGUUUCAGAUGGUCCUGGUGAUUAUCAUGCACCUGGUGGACAUCCACCCACGUUGACGCUACUUGGUUCUCUUCUUGGUGCUGUGACCAUUGCUCUUGAGCAUGCCACUGAAGAAAAAUCAUUAUUGCUUAACAAGAUUCAAGACAUCAAUGAACUAUCUAGACAGGAGGUUGAUGAGAUUAUCGCAGUGUGCAUGCGGCAAGAUUGCGUAUCACCAUCUGAUAAUAUCCGGAAACGGAGGUACAUUGCGAUGGUUGAAAUGUGCCAGGUAGCUGGUAAUAGGGAUCAGCUUAUUACUCUUUUGCUUCAACUCGCAGAGCAUGUGCUUAACAUUCUCCUCAUCCAUUUUCAAGAUGGUCCUGCUAUACCAGAAUCCAGUGUGGCUAUGAAACCUGUCAUGCAUGGCUUUAAGACAGAUUCACAAGAGGGUCUUCCUUCUCUGUGUGGGAAGCUACUUCCGACUUUAGAACAACUGGAACUACUAGGCGAGGAUAAAACAGGACACACAUUGAAGGUGUUUCGCAGGCUAGUGAGCAUGCUCAAGGAGAUGACAAUCCAGAAAUUGGCUCCAUGAGAAGAGAAACUUGUUCUCUGAUGUGCUGGCGUUGUCUUUGCAUGCAACAUGAGUGGUAAGUGGCCUUUUAAGGUAUUGAAAGAUCAUAUGUUUUUAGAUAGAUGUGCUGGCCAUACAUGCAAAUGCCUGAAUUUGGGACAAACACGAGCAAAUUUACCAAAAAUUUGUAAAUUAUAUUGUAACCAGUAUGUUGGAUGAUGUCUUUGAUAAUUAAGGAGAAAAGUUUUUGUCUUGCUUGAUUAA